AUGGUUGGGAAGUCCAUGAUUGCUGGUGUGGUGGUCCUUCUGGUGGCUGCAGUGAGCCUGUUCCUGGGGGUGUUCAUGGGCUUGGGGAAGAAAAACCCGCCUCCCCCUUCAGAUUACUUCUUCUCCAAGGCCGCUGUGGCUGCCGAUGCCGGGAAGUGUUCAGAAGUGGGGAGGGACAUCCUGAAGAAAAAUGGAUCAGCUGUGGAUGCCUCCAUCGCUGCCUUGUUAUGUGUCGGCCUCUUAAAUGCUCACAGCAUGGGCAUCGGAGGAGGGCUCUUCUUUGUCAUCUAUAACGCUUCUACAGGGAAGGUGGAAACCAUCGAUGCGAGAGAGACAGCACCCAUGAACGCCACUGAAGACAUGUUUGGCAACAAUACCAAGCUUUCUCGUACAGGUGGAUUGUCCAUCGCGAUUCCAGGGGAGAUUCGUGGUUAUGAGAUGGCGCACAAAAGACAUGGCCGGCUGCCAUGGAAGGAGCUGUUUGAGCCCAGCAUUGCCUUGGCUCGCGAUGGCUUUCCUAUAGGAAAAGCCUUGGCUCACGCCCUCUUCAAGAGUAAGGAAUCCAUUCAAGGAGACGCCAACAUGUGUGAGGUGUUUUGUGAUUCUGAAAGAAACAUCCUGAAAGAAAACGACAUUGUUAGAUUCCCAAAGCUGGCCGAAACAUACCAAAGAAUAGCAGAGGAAGGCCCUGAUGUGUUUUAUAACGGGACAAUGGCUCGCAGCAUCGUUGAGGACAUCCAGGCGGCAGGCGGCAUUAUCACCCUGGAUGAUUUGUUGGAGUACCAGCCAGUGCUGAACGAGAGCCCUCUGAAGCUGAACGUCGGGGAAUACACCAUGCACGUCCCAGACGCCCCCUCCAGCGGCCCUGUGCUGGCACUCAUACUCAACAUUGUGGAUGGGUACAACUUCACAGACACGAGUGUGUCGACAGCCGAGAAGAAAACUCUGACGUAUCACCGCAUUGUGGAGGCAUUUCGCUUUGCUUAUGCCAAGAGGAGCAGACUGGGGGACCCGCGUUACCUCAACAUUACCGAUCUAAUCCAGAACAUGACCUCAGACUACUUCGCUGACGGCAUCAGGAGUAAAAUCACAGAUGACACUACUCAUCCAGACAGCUACUAUGAGCCUGACUAUUUUGUCCCGGACAACCACGGGACGGCUCACCUGUCGGUCAUCGCCGAGGACGGGAGCGCCGUGGCCGCCACCAGCACCAUCAACCUAUAUUUUGGGUCUAAAGUCAUGUCCCGAUCAACUGGGAUCAUUUUCAACGAUGAAAUGGACGACUUCAGCUCUCCGUACAUGACCAAUGGGUUUGGGAUCCCUCCUUCGCCCAACAACUUCAUCCAGCCAGGCAAGAGGCCGCUGUCGUCCAUGUGUCCUACUAUCAUUUUUGACAAAGAAAACAAAGUAAAAAUGGUUGUAGGAGCCUCGGGGGGCACGAAAAUAACCACAGCCACUGCCUUGGUCAUCCUGAACUCCUUGUUCUUUAACUACGACCUGAAGAAAGCCGUGACAGAGCCGCGAGUUCACAACCAGCUGAAUCCCAAUAUGACAGUGGUUGAGCAGGGCUUUGAAAAGAGUGUUCUGGAGGGUCUGGCUCAGAAGAACCAUGUAACGCAGCUGCUGAGGACUCCGGACUCUGUGGUCCAGGCGGUGGUGCGGCAGGGAGAGCGCCUCUGUGCAGAGUCCGACCCCAGGAAGGGAGGCUACCCGGCGGGAUACUGA